CUCGCCGCCGCCGUUGUUUUGCCAGCCAUGGAGAAUCAAGAGAGCCCUCCCCCCGCGACCCCGCGAAGCGGCAGAGCUCCCGGCGGCGGUAAGAGCUACGCCGGCCGCUCGCGACGGAGCCUCGGUGUGGAGCUCACCAACAUCGGCAUCACCCCGGGCCAGCUGACCGGCCUGAGGGCCCCGACGAGCCGUGGGUUCCCCAAGUCACGAAACAUCACCGAACACGUGGAUCCUGAGCAGAUAGCUCUUCUGGUGAAGAAUGAGUGGAAGCUCUCAUAUGUCACUCCUCUGUAUCAGUUCAGACACGUGCAGCUCAAGUCUUACUCCAAGCAGCUGUCAGCCUUCAUCGUAUCAGAGAAGCAGCAGGGCAUAGCGGUGGAAAUUGGACUGGAGACCAACUUCAAGGUGGUCUUUUCAGUCGUCUUAGGCCUGGCGGAGACCGAAGAUGAUGCAGAAACUGUCUUUAUACAGAUCCAUUCCAAACCCCCAUUUGCUGGAGACGGUGAUGUUCCCAAGAUCAUCUGGAGUGGAUGGUUGACUUGUGUCGGUGGCAAUCCAGAUUACCUUAGGUCCCUGCCCUCCGGAUUUGUCUGUUUGCCCUUGUUUUGCGCCAGUGGAUCAGAGUCGCUCACAUCGCUCGUAAAGUUAUGGUUUGAGAGGACGUUUGACUGCUCCUUUGGCACACUAAACUUAAAUUCCACUUAUCUCCAAUGGCUUGCUUCUAUGUGGACUGGGUGUCAUCAUGUCUCCAGCAUUAGAUACCUGAAACUGGUCUGGAACUUGCCUGCCCAGCCCCCUUUGGACAUUUCAUAUACAGUCCACCCGCAAGACGCCUGGGAUUUGUGGAACAGUGUCCGGGAACAGGACAGCACAGGAGACACCAUUGGUAUUAACGAAGUUGAACGUUUCAUGAAAGGACUCGAGUCACAUUUCUUCAGGCACUUCAGGAUUUACCUGUCUGCAGGGAUGUUAACAAAGGUUUCCACUGCAUUUGGUUCUGCGCACUGUGAUGGAAAGAUUAAGAUCACAAGCAGUGACUUUAUCAACCAUGUAUUGAUUCUGCUGACAGAAUGUGCUCUACUGAAAAUGCCCAUCUGACCAAGAGCAGACUCCUGAGUGCUUUUGUAAAUAACACAUUUGUACUAAAUUGUCUGGCUUCGAAAGCAGCCUAAAUGUAAACUGCGGAGAUAGUUAACGAUUCUUUAGCUUUCUCUUAGUGGCUGACCAGAUCUCAUGUACGCUGUAUAGAAUUGUGGGCCAUGCUUAUAUUGCCUGCUACAUUCAGAAAAGACAUCCUUUGCAAGAGUAAAUGUACACCUAAUUUUCUUCUGUGCAUCUCUUUUUAAUCUUGGUAAUUCAUUUAAAGUAGAACUGUCCACCAGAAAUGUGGCAUAUAUACUGCUUUAAUAUUUAAAAUUUCUGCAUUUAGUCCUCUAGUGGGACAGUCUGAAGUAUAAGCAAGGACUUUGAGUACUUCAAUAGUAUCCUUAGUGCUCCACAAAAAUCUGUACGAGACAUUUAUGUAAUCAUUUCAGCAUUUGUACUACAUAAACAGCACAGCAUUUGUUGAAGUACAGAGACAUCAUUUAGGUGCUGGCACAGUUGAGAUACUGUGAAGUCUGCUUUUAUUACAAAACAAGUGCUGUAGUCACUGCUCAGCUUUUAUUGAUUAUAGAUGUUUCCAUGUUUUAAUAAAUUAAAAGAAACACUGUAAUAUUGCUCUCCUGUGGGAUAAACUCAAACUUAACCAAGCAGCUGAAAAAGCAGUACAUGGGGGGAUGCUGCUUGGCCAUAUAGUAAAUAAAUUAAUAUUCUUAAAAUUACAAUUCAUUAUUUCCAGUCAAUGCACAAUUAGAUCAUAGUGCAUCAAAUGUUUUCUAUGAACACCAAAUAAAUUUACAGGUUGUCUAGGCAAAACUAGUGACCUUU